AUGGCUAGUCAGGGACAAGCGGCUCAAGUUGGCAAAUUAUUUCGUGCCAUAGCAUGUUCAGGUGUUGUUCUUGGUCCGUAUAUCUAUACAAUGGCUCGACCAGAAGAAACAUUAAAAUAUAGAUUUCUACGAUCGACAAAUGAAAACGGAGAACUCGUUAAAGUUGAUUCAUCAUAUAAUCUAUGUGCAACUGAAACUGCUUAUCGAAUGGGAUUGCCUGAGCAAUUACGUCGCACGCCUACGUUUGACAUUCGUUUAUCUGUACAUACAGGAAUGGAUUUUGAUAUAAAUGGUCAUUUUACACCAUUAUUUAAAGGUAUGGUUUAUUUAAUGGUUCCACAAUGGGCUAAUAUAUCAUCCGUUGAUGAUUUGAAAAAAGUCAAAAUAAAUAUCGCCGGUCAAGAAAUUGAUUUUGCUAAUCUUGACAUGUCACGUAUUAAUACGAGUAAAUUACAAUUACAAUUGAACAAAAAUGAACGCUCAACAGUUGAACCAGAAAAGACUAUCUCAAAAGCGAACGAAUCAACAUUUUGGUUUUUUCGUUGGUUUACUAGUACUUCCCCAACCCCAACCCCAACCCCACACCCAUCAACAACAUCACCACCAGUAUUAUCGUCAUUGUCCUCGUCGUCAAAAACAAUUGAACCAGUAACACGGGAAAUGUUACUCGUACAAAAACUGAUUGAAACAUUUUCUCUUUCGAAUGAAGCAAAAAAAUAUAUAAUUGCUGAUCAAUAUGAAACAGCAUUAGGCCCAUGGCACAUGAUGGCAUGGUGUUGCGUUGGUGGUUCAUUUUUUCUUCCAUUUACACUCUAUACACGUCUUCGCUUACAAUUUAAAACACGUUUUAAACGUUUUCUAUUUUUUCAUUUUCUUCUUUUCAAUGGUCUGUUAUUUUUUUAUUUGUCACCAUUUGUUGGUCGUCUUAUUAACAUGCAAGUUAGUCGUAUACGUGAUUCAACAACAACAUCAUAUGGUUUAGACAUACUCGAAGGUGGAAUUGAAUAUUUGGAAAAACAACUAGAAAGAAAUCGUAUUCUACGUGAACUAUUACCCAAUGGGAAAGAUCUUUUUGACCAAGAUGGCGAACGAAGAAAAACACGCGUUACAAUACCUUAUAGCGGUGGAUUAUCGUUUUCAUUAUAUCACUGGAGUCCAUUAAUUGCUUAUCGGCUUAAACGUUUAAGGGCUAAAAUGGAUAUAUUAAUGAAUGCACCAGAAGCCGAAGCACGUAAAACAAUAUUUAAGGCAGUACCAGAGAGUACAUUUGUCGAUAAGUCUUUCUGA